AUGGCGACAACCGGUUCUGGAAGUGGCUCGUCAUUGCCACCGAAUUUCUUCUUGACCCCGCAACAGCAGAAUCUUCUCUUCACGGCUCUCAACGCGAACAAGCAGCAGCAGGCGAAUGCAAAGACGGGCCUCUCGCUGUCCCCGACUUCUUUCAAGACGAAUCCGCUUCAGAGCCUUGACGGCGCUGCAUUCCAGGAAAGCCCCUUCCUCGACAACUACGACUACGACUUUGGUGACUCCAGUUUUGAUUUUUCAUUUGCCAACGAUGCCGCCCAAGCCAGCAUGAUUGGCGAUGUUCCGGAUAGUGCCAUGAGCGCCAAGUCCGACUCGACUGAAACUGACAGCCCCGAAAAGAGGAGCCAUCCUGAUGAUGAGGAUGACGACGCCAGCCCUGGCAACGAGUCCAAGAGGCAUGAAGGAUCCGACAAAGUCCCCAAGAAGCCUGGCCGUAAGCCGCUCACUUCAGAGCCAACUUCGAAGCGCAAGGCUCAGAACCGAGCUGCUCAGCGUGCCUUCAGAGAGAGGAAGGAGAAGCAUCUCAAGGAUCUUGAGACCAAGGUUGAGGAGUUGGAGAAGGCUUCGGAAGCCGCCAACCAUGAGAACAGCAUGCUUCGUGCUCAAGUUGAGCGUAUCACUGCGGAGCUCAACCACUACAAGACGAGGAUUUCUAUUCCUACUCCCAAGUCAUCUGUCCCGACUGCCCGUGCCCAGCCCUUUGGUAGCGCAGCCAUCAACAACAUCAAUGAUGUGAGCUUUCAGUUUGAGUUCCCCAAGUUCGGAACCCUGCCUGGUCCCGCUCCUGCCAAGUCGCACCAGAAGUCCAUGUCGCAACCCAUCAGCCCCAGUUCCCAACAGGCCAAUAGCCCUGCUGCCACCCAGAACUUGGACAAAGUUGUCUCCCAGCAGGCGGCACGAAAUGCGCAGUUCAAGGAAGAUCUCGCAAAGUUUAACAAUGGCGUGUUCAACAUGCACACCCCGUCUAUGAGCAGCAGCUCUGCCGCUACUGGCUCUCGGGCCAGUGUCGACUCGGCCAACUACAGCUUGAACAACACCACAAGCUCCCCAUCAGCAUCUUCCCAUUCCAAUGUCGGCGCGAGCUCGUCGUGCGGCACAUCCCCCGAGCCAUUCACCCAAUCUCCCAUGGGUUUCAAGCCCGUUGAUACCCUCACCACAAUUGGUCUCGAUUUCAGCAACAACAGCUUCGAUUGGAUCGUCCAGCAGAACAAUGGUGGCCAGUUUGACCCGCAAUUGUUUGGCGAUUACCGCGAGCCUCAGGAGAAUGUUAUGACCAACAACACAUUUGACGACUUGUUUAAUGACUCGCUUGAGGCCGAUUUCUUCACUCCUUAUAACAUUGCUGCUAGCCCUAACCUGCCGAAGAAGACCAAUCUCAUUGAUGAAAUCGAUGCAAAGCAAAACGCAGAUGAAGAUGUCACUACAAAGUCAAACAUGAGCUGUAACCAGCUUUGGGAAAGGCUACAAGCAUGCCCCAAGGCUCAGAAUGGCGAGUUUGACCUGGAUGGCUUGUGCUCAGAACUUACCAAGAAGGCAAAGUGCUCCGGAAGUGGACCAGUCGUUGCGGAGCGAGAUUUCGACAGCAUCCUCAAGAAGUACAUGGGCAAAGAGGCGGCUGAUUGCUCGGCUGAAAAGCUGGGCAUCUCACUUGAAAAGAGCCAGCCCGAGCCGAAUCUCGUGAUGCCAUGA